AUGAUAAAUAUUCAUAUACUAAUCCUAAUACUACAACUCAGUGAGUUUAAAGAUGUUCUCACCAUGCGAAUUGAAAACUUGAAAGUACGUGAUAAUAGAAGACAAUUGUUUUCGUCUUCUGCCUCUAAGGAAUCUGUAAAUCCCUUCGUACGUCAACGUCCUCUGGCAACAAAAUUCGCUGCUGCUACUUCUAAUGCCCCUGCACCACCCCCAGGGGCUAGUGGGUCUCCAUCUUCAUCUCAGUUGUUUCCUAAGAAGGGUGUGGAUGGAGAGAGUCAACCAUUGCUGCAACAACAGCAACAACAGGUAGUUCCAUUGCAAGACAGUUACAUGCAAAGCAGAGCUGAAGCUCUUCAGAAUAUUGAGUCCACUGUUCAUGAGUUCAGCAACAUUUUUAAUCAAGUAGCAACACUUGUUUCGCAACAAGGAGAGAUUGCCAUCAGGAUCGAUGAAAACAUGGAUGAUACAUUGGCAAACGUAGAGGGGGCACAAGGGGCUUUGUUGAAGUAUCUGAACAGCAUAUCUUCUAAUAGGUGGCUGAUGAUAAAGAUUUUCUUUGUAUUAAUAUUUUUCCUUAUGGUUUUCUUAUUUUUUGUGGCUUAA